UUAUAUCAAUCAGUGAUGAAACAGUAGAUUGUAAUGAGAAUUACAAUGACGAUUCUCUAGGCAAAUAUAUGGCAGAUGAAAAUAAAGCACCUAUAACUGAUAGUAACAUAUUGAAGGUACCUUGUAACACAUUAAACAAUAAUAGCAUUGAUAGCUUUCCAUUUUCACCAUCUCGAAGUAUAAGUCCUAAGAUACAAAGUGUAAAACGUCCUGUGCUACAAAAUAUUGCAAAAAAUUUACCUGAAUUGGAUGAUUUUGCGAAACGUCGUAAAACGAAAGAUGAUUUACUUGAAAAGGAAUUAAUACAAGCAAGUUCUACGAUAUCUGCUACUAUGAACAAUGUUUCAUCUUUCAUAUACAGCCAAAACAGGAAUGAAAAUGGUUAUAUGUUGGUAAUAAAAGAAGCAUUAAAAUAUGUUCCUGAUACACAUAAGACUCAAUGUCUCAUUGAAGUACUCCAAGUAAUUCAGAAAUAUGAAAAAAGACAAUAA